AUGCUUCUCUUGUUCUUCUUUACGUUUUCCUUCUCUCAAAAGUGCUCAUCUGGGUGCAUUGGAGGGUGUUUGAGUGACUACACUUGUUUAGGUCAAUGUAAGAAUACAUAUGAGAAUGAUACGUCCUGUUUACUAUGUAAAGAUAUAUACCAUACUGCUGCUGCAGUUUCUUCUGUGUAUUUACCACACAACAACAGUUGUGAACAGAAGACUCAAAUUAUCAACAAAAAGAAGUGGUUACCACCUCAAAGUUAUAUGACAGAGAUCUACGUUGACAUUCCGACUGUUUUCAAAAUAGAUGAAAACAGUGACAUUGAUUAUUCCUUCUGUUAUUACAAUCCAAAGUAUCGAAUAGGGAAGUGGAUCAAAUUGAACAUGACUUUAGUCAAAGCUCCAUUUAUUGCAUUUAACUUCUCGAAAACAGCACCUGUUGAUGUCACUGUCGACUUGACUUUGAACCAAGAAGAAUUUAGUGUUGGGGCGUGUACUGCUCAUUUCCUGAUGUCCAAAAAUGUGACACAAAGGUUCUUUAAAGGACCAAAUGUGCCACCAACGAACCCCAUAACAGGUGAAAGGUAUACGGAAUUUAUGUAUUAUCUUUUUAUAAGUACAAAUGAAAUAGCUGAUUUUGAGUUUAGUGUUCACGUUGUUGAGUCGGUUGAUAAGAUCUGGGACGUCUCCUUUGAUAUCCCACCAACAGAAAUCGACGAAAUUGCGCGCAGUGGAGAAAAACGAGACGUUUAUAUUGAAUUUGAGACGUACGGGACAUUCCAUUUUCCAUCGUGUAUGCCUUCCAUGUUAUUUAAAAUGGCUAUUUUUACUAUAGAAUUUAGUGGGAACUAUUCUGUGAGACUUUCGACGAAAAAAUUGAAUAAAAUGAAUUAUUUGCAGGAGUUUGCAGUGGAACAAGAUAUUGACAAUCAUGUUACCACGUCAUGUGUUAAUGUAUGGAAUGGGGCGUUACAUGGUAACCAAGAUCAAAUAAGUAAUGUUGGAGUGGAGAUCAAACUUUCUUCGACUUUGAAAAACACGAACAAAUUAGAGUUCAAUUACAGUGACCCACAAAAUUCAAAUUUUGUCAAGAAGAGUUUAAUAAGUUCUAAAUAUAGUGAUAUUAAAAUGGUAAAAGUUAAUAAUAAAUAUGUUACCAAAAGUGCUCAAGAAGUGAUUUUAAAGAAUGAAGGCGUCGAUGGACCUUCAAAGAAAAGGUAUUUUGCUAUCAUGUCACAAGACUAUUUCAAUGCAAUUACACUCGAAUAUGAAGUCAUCUGUAAAAAUGAUUGUAAUAUGUAUAAGAGACAAGGAUUUUGUUUAACUUCAUAUUCUAAAUGUCAGUGUGUAGAUGGAUAUGGUGGUGAUGACUGUCACUUAAAGUGUUAUCACAAUAACAAAUGGCAAGUGACUGAUACGACAAAUUUGUGUUAUUUUGGAACGACAAAUUGUGAUCAAUAUUGUGCCUGUGCUACUGGAACCACAUUAGUCGGGCACAUUUGUAUAUCAAACGAGUGUCGUAGUGGUAAAAUUGGAAGUGGAGAACAAUGCAAGCAAACUACAGAGGGGUGCAAUGAAAAUUGUUAUUGUGAUACAAACUCCUAUGUGUUUAAAAACAAUACCUGUGUACCCAAGACAUGUGGAAAUAAUAAAAUCGAUAAAAUCUAUUUAAACAAUCAAUUCAUACGAGAAGAGGAG